CAAGAAUCUGAUAUUUUGGCAAACCAUAGUGCUAGAACUGAGGAACCUUCAUCUGUUAGGCACUUCUCCACCCGUCAUGGUCUAGACACUGCUGCUGAUUCAAACAACGGUUCCAAUAGUUACCAUGAAGAAUCAGGCUCAGGAGCUAUGAGUGAAAACUUUGCUCCUGUUCUGGGGACACAGGGAAUGCAUCAGGACGAGCAAGAUCUUGUGAACAUGUUGGCAUCUUCUACAGCACAUGGUUUUAAUGGAGAGGUUCAUCUUCCACUGAAUAUGGCUUCUGGUCACAUACCUCUUUCUAUCCCCUCUUCAGUUCUAGCUUCAAUGGGAUAUGCUCCAAGAAAUUUGGGCAGAAUGUUUCCCACAAAUAUCCCAUUUAUUGAGACACCUUGGGGAACAAACAUGCAAUAUCCUCAAGGUUUUCCUUCGCCAUUAGCUCCAAAUUUCCCUGGCAUGGGAUGGAGCUCAAAUCCUGAAGAUUUGAUUGAACUUGGUAAGGAGAACUUUCGAUCAGUUGAAAUGAACCACUGGGUUUCUGAUCAUGAUAACUGGCAUGAGCAGGACAGGGGCUCUGCUGGUGGGUUUGAUCUUGAUCGUGAAAGUUUUGAACUGCUUCAGUCGGAUGACAAGCAACAGUCAACUUCAGCUAGUUUUAAUGUUGUUCCUUCCUCACGGGUUGCUAGUUCUAAAAUCUCUACAAGAGUUCAACAGAAGAUUACAAAAGAAAACCGAGGGUCAUUAAGGUUAGAUCAUAUAGACAAUGUUGAUUAUCAUGAUAACAGAGGAAAUGAGGUUUACUAUGAUGACCAAAUUGCAAGUCCGAGAUCCUUGUCCACUGCACCCCCUAGUUCACUGAGGAGUAGAACUUCUUCAGAGAGUUCUUGGGAAGGAUCCUCGGCAAAGGUCUCAAAGUCAGCCAAGGAAAAACGAGUUAGGAAAACUGCUACACCUGCUGUCCCAGGUACCAUUCAUGUAAAAGGUAAGAGCGUGUCUGAUCUAUCCUCCACACAGACAGCAGACGAUGAUAGCAGAGACUGGAGUCCACUCUCAACCAUGGGCACUGAAAUUGUAGAAAGAUGCAUUGGACCUCAAUCUGCUGCUUCUCUAAAUGUUCCAAGCCCUCAAAUGCUUUUAGGUCAUGGUUCACGACAAAGGGUUCCAGAUAAUUCUGGAGCUGUUCCGUUUACCUUUUAUCCUACAGGGCCACCUGUUCCUUUUGUCACAAUGCUUCCGGUGUACAAUUUGCCAACAGAGUCAGGAACUUCUGAUGGAUUGACGAAUCAUUCUAGUAGGGAAGAGCGGCUGGAUAAUGGUGAUUCUGGUCAGAAUUUUGAUUCAUCCGAGGGACUUGAUCAGCCUGAGGUGUUAAGUAAUUUCAAUUCUAUGAGAAGGGCUACUGCUGUUGACCCAUCACAGCACAAGGCUGACAUUCUUAAUGGUGACUUUGCUAGCCAUUGGCAAAAUUUGCAGUUUGGGCGGUUUUGUCAAAACUCACAGUAUCCUGCUCCUAUGAUUUAUUCUUCACCUGCUGUGAUGCCUCCUGUCUUAUUACAGGGUCGUUUUCCAUUGGAUGGUACAGGGAGACCUCUGUCAGCAAAUAUGAAUGUCUUCACUCAGUUUAUGAGUUAUGGGCAUCGGGUUGUUCCUAUUUCUCCUCAGUCUGUUUCAAAUAGACCUGCUACUGUUUAUCAAUGUUACAUGGAUGAAAUACCAAAGCAUCGUAGUGGGACCGGAACGUACCUGCCAAAUCCUAAGGUUUCUAAUCAGGACAGACAUUCUACAAGUUCCAGACGUGGGAAUUACAGCUAUGAUAGAAGUGAUCACCAUGGUGAUAGAGAGAGGAAUUGGAACAUUUAUUCAAGGUCGCGAGCUGCUGGGCGCAGCCAUGGCCGCAGCCAAGCUGAAAAGCUGAACUCAAGAUCAGACCGGUUAGCGGCAAGUGAGAGUCGAACUGACAGGCCUUGGGGCCCACAUAGACAUGACUCAUUCCCUUCACACCAUUCUCAGAAUGGUUCAGUUCGCUCAAACUCUAUGCAGACUGGUCCUGCCAACGUGACAUAUGGAAUGUAUCCAGUACCAGCCAUGAAUUCCAGUGGGGUGUCGUCAAAUGGACCUACUAUUCCACCUCUCGUUAUGCUGUAUCCUUAUGAUCAUAGUUCUGGCUAUGGAUCGCAUGCCGAACAGCUUGAGUUUGGCUCGCUUGGACCACUGGGUUUCUCAGCUGUGAAUGAAGUAUCGCAACUGAAGGGAAGCCAAUGUAGUGGGGGAUUUGAAAUUCACGGUGACUCUGCUCAACGGUCCUCAUCCGAUGUGCCUUCUUCACCCCAUAUCCAGAGGGGGAUUUGAUUAUUUAACAGAGCGGUAACUCAGAAGAAAAUGUCAGUUGAAAGCUGAGGAUUUUUUGCCUCUGUGCAUUUCCAACCAGGGAGGGAAUGAUACUGGGAGAAAUUAUGAUGGGAAACCCUUCCAUUUUCGAACAAGAGAUGCCAUGAUAGCGGAAGAUAUCCAAUUAUGAUGGGAAACCCUUCCAUUUUCGAACAAGAGAUGACAUGAUAGAGGAAGAAUUGGAUAUCUGAUUUGAACAUAUCUUAACAUGUUUUUCAUGGAAGGGUCACCCUUAAGUGCUGGCCUUGUGCUUAUUUGUACAAUACAUAGUUGGAUGAGUUGGAUGUGCUCUGUUUUCGAGGAUAACAGGGUUUCGGUGGUGCUGGAUGCAGGAAACUAGCUAGUUUUUCAUUUCUGGCUGAUAAAUUGUAACCCCACUGAAAUAGGAACUCCAGGGGCUUUGAAUUUAGGAUUUUACUUAUAAAAUUGCUUAUGUCAGGAUUUUCUCUACACGAUGUAUUAGGGCUUUUUUAAUCAAAAUGCUCAUCAUUUGGCGGCUCUUUUAUGAACUUGCCUAAUAUGUUACCAGUGUAUCAAUAACAACGAUAAUUUUGGAUGGAGAAUUCUAGCUAGCUUUGACUAUGGUGUUCGUUUCUUUCUUCUUUCUGUGACAAGGCAAUGGACUUGAUGAAGAAGCAGGGUUUAGAAGAGGAAGAAUGGCAAGAACCAAAAGAAAACCCCCACUUUAUAGAAAGGGAUAAGAGAUAUUCUUCGUAUAGCAGGUAAGUGCUCAUACUUGUCAAAAACAAAAUUGCUCAUACUUCUGUAUUAUAUUUUUUGUUUUUGGCUGUAGUUAUGUUAGGGGUCUUAAUGAUCCUUUUUUUAUGCUCUUUAAUUAUUUCUUCAUGAAAAGAUCAUUUUUUAUUUUAUUUUUUUUCUUAUAAAAAAAAUGAUCCUUUCAUGUAGAAAGAAUUAAAGUAAGGGCAUUAAUUUUCCUUUUUAAUUUUUUCGAGUUGUUGAGGCUAAAGUCAAAUCUGUUGAUAAUGAUAUGGUCUCAAGGGCCCGCCCUUACAGAUAUUAAUGUUAUCUUGGUUAGUCAAAGUGACGAAGUAAUAAUGCAUUGUAGGAUGAAUAUGAUUGAAAAUUCUGGGAGUCAUUAUAGUAUCUAAUAUUUAUGGUGAGAAACAUUAUUGUUAGCAUAGCUUUGUAUACUUGGGUUUUAUGGGAGCGCAUAGAAAUCUUGGGCGAGAGGUGGAGGAGAUUCAAGAUGAAGGAUACUUACCAGCCAAGGAAUGCAGGAUGUAGCAGAAAGUCUCUUCACUGGAAAGGCUUUAAAGAUUCUGUUUGCCCCCCCAACAAGCAUAUAGUGAGAUCUCAUGGAUGCUUUGACAAGGUUGAGAAUCUUCAACAGUUCCUAUCUAUGAAGCACAAGCUUGGCUGCUUUCUAUGUGGAUUGAAGGAUGAAAUAAGGUCACACCCGAGUUCUAGAUCUUAGAAUUAGGGCUAAAUUUUGAAAUUUAAGCCCAUGGGCUUACAAUUCUGACCGAAGUGAUUUGGGUUAUUAUUAUUGGCUAAUUUUUAGCCCAAUCUGGUAUAUAGCUGGCCAGCAAAUGCAAUGGGAAUAAAAUUGAGAUGGUGCAACUUGUUUUCAAUUUCUGCUGUGUAUUUGGGGGUAAUUGUUGAGGUUCCUCACCCCUCCUUAUGUACUUUAAAUAUUAAUAAUUCAAAAAAAUCUAUGUGCA